AUGGACCCAAUUUCUAUUACCAGUCUCGUAAUAGAGGUCACCCAUGUGCUUUCGAGCCUGAUCAAAUAUGCCAAAACGGUGCAGACGGCAAAGUCCGAAGUGCGCAAGCUCAGCGAAGAGCUCUUUGCUCUAAAAGGAAUCCUGGAGCACCUAGCAGCACAAAUAGAUGAUACCCCCAAAUGCGAGGAACUAGAAACAAGCCCAUUUGACCGCGACGUCAUGGCGAGAGUGUUGCACACAACAAAUGAGUUCCUCCAAUCCUUACUCCUGGACUUGCAAACGGCCGAGACCAAGUUUAAGCGCCUCAAGCAAACUCUGAAAUGGCCUUUUACUCAGACACAAGUCAGCGAGCAUCUGAUCCGUCUGGAAAGAGUCAAAUCGUGGUUGAUACUAGUUCUCAUUUCAGACCAUAAUGCAGUGGAUCGGGAGAUGCAGCACGAAAUUCGCGAUCUGACAAACACGUUGAAGGAAGACUUGCAGGUCCGGGUUCAGGAGCGGAACCAAUUUGCUAACAGAGAGCUUCUGAAAUGGAUAGCUCCCGUGAACCCCGAAAACUCUCAUCUGCGGGCGUCAAAAAGACAUAGGAAUGGGACUGGCAGAUGGUUUGUCGACAGUCAUUUGAAGGCGUUUCUCAAUCAGGAUGAAAACCGGGCUCUCUUCCUCCUGGGGAAAUCCGGAACUGGAAAAACUACGCUGUUUGCGCAAGCUGCCGACGAACUUACCUAUAUGGCUUCUCAAGGCCAACCCAUGUGUCUUGCUUAUUUUUAUUGCACAAUUAGCGAUUUUGCCUCUCAGGAUGCAAGGAAUGUUCUAGGAUCACUUGUGGCACAGCUCACGGGCACGAUUCCUUCAAUAUUGGAUGAGAUUCGGUCUGUUUACAACAAAGGUCCAAAGAACCAGACGCAUAGAUUCCCCAUCGAAUUAUCUGUUCUCGAAGCUGCCAUCCUCAAGUCUGCUUCCGAAAAGACGAAGGUUGUCCUCAUGGUUGAUGCAAUCAACGAAAGCCAUGACAUGCAGCUUCUCGAAGCAUCCCUUGUCAGGCUGGCCAGGCUGUCCACGAAUAUUCAUGUGCUUAUAACCACUACAAGCACCAUGAGUUCCAUCAAGCAUCACAAUGCAUCUGUCUUGAACAUAAGCGGAAAGUCGCGAGGGGACAUUGACAUCUAUAUCAAAUACCGACUUGAGAAUGAUAAUACGUUGAGAAACUUGGCCCCAGAUUUCCAAGCCGAGAUUGAAUAUGCUCUCCUUCGAAAUGCCGAUGGCUCAUUCCGCUGGGUCCAGCUCUCAUUGGACAACCUAAGCACGCAGCGGUCUGUAAGGGCGAUGCGACAGGCAUUGCGGAACCUCCCAGGGACUUUGCGCGAGACAUACGCAAAUAUGCUGGAAAGAAUUGCCCCUGAUGAUUGGAAGAUUGCUCAUGAGGCCCUCUUUUGGCUCAGCUUCACCAAACAGCCGCUUACUUUGAGGAGUCUCAACGAAAUCGUGGUCACAGACGAGACAAGCAUGACACUCGACGAGGACAUGAUGCUUGUCCCUCCGCAUAUUCUUCUUGAAAUUUGUCAAGGACUCAUCACUGAGGACCAAGAUGGCUAUCUAAAUCUCGCGCAUGCGUCUAUCAAAGAUUUCCUAAUAUCUGAUUGGAUUCGCUCAUCUCGAGUCCAAUAUUUUGCCCUGGAUCCUACAACUGCAGACCAGAAAGCCAUGCACAGUUGUCUCACGUACUUGUGUCUUGACAAUUUUGCACGGGGAUACCUGACAUGCCCCGAAAACCCAGCGAAAGUACGAGAGAAUCAUCCUUUCAUGGCAUAUGCCGCGCACUUCUGGGCCCAACAUGGUGCUGCUUGCGGCUUUGGGGAUCCCAAGCAAGACAUGGUCCAUAAAUUCUUUGCCACAAGGUCUCUCCCCGGCGGGGGGAAUUACGGUAUAUGGAUACAGACGUUGUUACGGACAACCGCUGGUUCAAACACGGAUGAUGCUGUGGCAAUUGACGGAACGCACCCUCUAUACUACGCUGCCUCGUUUGGUAUGGUUCCAGUCGUUGAGGCCAUUCUCGCUUCCGAACCAGACAUCAAUGUAAAUGCACCUGGUGGCCGUAUUGGAGCCACGCCAGUGUGGAUUGCCAGUCUUCGCUUCAACUUCGAGGUUGUGGAAAUCCUCCUGCGUGCUGGAGCUGAUCCGUCCAUCCGGGAUCCAGGUAGUGGGCUUAAUGUGCUUGAUCUUUUGAGGAUGGUGCCGACUCGUCAUCGGAACUACCAUGGUCUUCGACACAUUUUGGAUCGUCCAGCACCUUGGAAAGAUGGAUUUAAAAAUUGA